AUGAAACCAUAAUAAAAGAAAUAAUAAUAACAAUUGCGGGAGAAGGGUUUUGAUACUUUUAUCUCGGGGGCUAACAAGGAUAGGGUUAAUUAGAAGAACAAAAAUCAAUUGAAGUUGAAAACCAGGAACGUUAAGAAAUGGAAUGAUGAACAUAGUCAAUCCUAGAAGAUUGGCACUCUUGAUCAUGAUGAUUUGGAGGUCUUGAGGAAGUCGUUAGUGUAAGGUAUUGGGCAUCAUUAAUUCAGGUAAUGUGCUCAGCAAAUCUUAAUAGGAUUUGCUUGAAAAAUUGCAGAAAGACACACCAAUUGAUCAUAGAUAUGACCCACAUUUUUCACAACUGUUGGAUAGCGAUAAUGAUGAAUUGGACGAACAUUAAAUUUAAGAAGAAGAAGAUGUAAUUAAAAAUUUGAAUAACCAAGUUGUGUUAGUCUGAAGGAGAAGACAAUGAUGAGGAAGCCUAUAGGGAUGACUUUGAAAACACUAAACCUCAAAUCCAACCAGUUGUUCAAUAAUCAUAGCCUUAAAAAGUUAUACAAGUUGUCAAUUUACCUGCUACCAAACCCAGACCAAUCAGUGCCAUCUCAGAACAUGCCUAAUCUCAAUAGCAAUUGCCCCAAUAAGUCAGACAACCUUCCUCUGAAAUCAAACCUCCCCCCUUGACUAAACCAGAAACUAAGCAAUAUGCAUCCAAACCUCAAUUGAGGGCCAAUUCUGUAACCAAACAAGAGGACAUUAAAAAUGACAACAAUUCCUUCAAAGCUCCUCAAACUUCAUAAAGCUAGAAGCCUCAAGAAUAGCCAAAGGAUCAACUUGAGGAGUUGUUUGAAAAAAUCGAAAAGCUUUCUAGUAAUGAGAAAUAAAAGCUCAUUUUAUUCUUGAAUAAGAAUACCAUCAAUUUGGAGGAAAAGACUGACAGAUCAGAAAUGCAAAAUGAAUAGAGCUAACAAAAACUAUCACUUGAAAUGCCCAUCAAAUAAUAAAAAUAAUAAAAAGAAUUAUAAAUUAUUGAAAAUAAGCCCAAGGAGUAAGUACAAUUGACCAUGCCUCAAUAGAUAUCCAACAAUAACUAACCUCCAUUAUAAAUGCCAUAAAUUGAAACCAAGAAGAGAAAUAAGAGCAUAAAUAACAUUAUUCAAAUGCAAUAAGAUUUUGUAAAGGAAGAAAAAGCUUAAAUUAUAAUUGAGAAAAAUACUGAUUUGUUGAUUGAUAAGAAUUCUUAGUUAAAAAUGAGAAUCCUGUCCACUUGGGGCAAUCCAAGUCUAGUAGGUCUCACUGAAAUAGAACUCUACGCUACUGAUGGCAGUAAAGUCUAACUUAAACCAUACAACAUUAAAAUGAGCAAUGCAUAGUCUCUCAAAUUGCCAGAAAUACUUAUCAAUGGCAAAUUCUUAACCAAAGAUGCUGUUAAUAUGUGGUUAGGAAGUAUGCCUGAUCCUCCAAAAACUAUUGAUAUCGAAAUCUCAUAUGAUGAUGAUGUCAUGCUGGGGGGAAUCAAAGUUUACAAUUACAAUAAGAGCUUGAUUGAUAGUGUUAAAGGAGUUAGAGACAUGGAAAUAUUGUGUAGAUAGAAUGGUAAAGUCAUUUCUAAAAUUGUGGAAAUUAAAAAAGGUACUGGCUUUGAAAUUGAUGAUUAUGGAACAGAAAUUCAAAUCAUUGAUAAUUUCAAAUUCCCAAACCUCUAAAAUACUCAAUCCAAAUUUGCAUAAAAACUCAGAGGUUAAAUUGACCAAUCAGAUGUUAUAGAAAAAAAGUAGGAAAAGCUAGAGGAUUCUAAACCUCCUCCUUCAAGAAAAGGAAAAGGACCCAUAGUCGUCGAUGUAUUUAAAGGGGAACGUUUAGAUACUGGGAAAACCGAUAAGAAGAUUGAGUAAACACAACAACCUAAUAAUAAUUAACCUAAUCAAUAGCAAAAUAUAGAACCCAGAAGAAGAAGAGACAAUCCAUAACCCACUCAAGAUUACCUUGAGGAAACUCUUCAAUAUUUCAAUAUUACAUAAUAAGGUAGGUUAAAGCCUGUUUAAAGAUAGGACAUAAUUGAAGAACCUGCACCCAUACCAAAAUACGAGGAGAUUGAUGCUCUGGACUUUUUCUUUAAAGGUUAACAACGACCUAAUAAUAUCUAAUAGAAGCCACAAUUAUCCAAAUGGGAAACCCCCUCUUAAUAAUAGAUUCCUUCAUAAAUCAUCUAAUAGCCAAAUAAAAAUAACUAUAGAUAGUAAACAUAAGAAAAUGCGUAACUUAUCAAGGAGUUGCUUAAUUAACCAUUAAUUAAUUAGGUUCCAGUAAAAAAGGCCAAGAAGCAGGUGUCUUUGCCUACACUUCCGUAAGUACGAGUCAUUACAAUCCACAUUCAUUCCACUUGGGGAGAUAAAUACUAUGUAGGUUUAAAUGGAAUCGAGAUAUUCAAUGAGGCAGGAAAAUAAAUUGAGAUUUCAGAUCCAUACAGUUAAGUCAAGGCUGACCCUAGUGACAUCAAUGUGUUGCCAGAAUAUUUCAAUGAUCCUAGAACACCUGAUAAGUUAGUUGAUGGGGUAUAUUACACUCAAUCUGAUAUGCAUGUUUGGCUGAGUCCCUUUUAGAGAGGAAAGAUUAAUAAGAUUACUAUUGAUCUGAAUGAUAAGAAGAAAAUUAGUAUGAUUCGAAUAUGGAAUUAUAAUAAAAGUAGAAUCCAUAGUUUUAGAGGAGCCAAAGAUAUAAGUUUAUUCUUUGAUAAUCAAAUUGUAUUUAGAGGAGAUAUCAAGAAGGGUUUCGGAAAUAUGAAUUUAUAAAGAGUUAUAAAUUAGAAUGAACAACCCUUUGAACUAUUUUUGUUCACAAAUGACGAAGGCAUCAUCUCAUAAAUAGCCAAAAAUGAUUGGAUAAAUUCUUAGGAAUUCUAAACUAUUUAACAUGAUUAUCAAAAUGAAAGACCAAAUACUGGAAAUGCAGAUUCCGAAGUAAGACCGACAACAUCAGCCAAAGUGACUAAUCUAUAGAAUGAAAGUAAUAAUAUGCUCCCAUAAUUAAUUAGUUAAAUAAGCCAGAUAACAGGAGCAAACACAAUAGAGACAAGAGAAACAAUAGAUUUAAAGAGCUUUAGUUAAUUAGAAUUCAAAUGGUAUAAUUUGUAGAUAUUUAUAAAUCAAACUAUUAAGACCUUGGGCUGAUCAACCAUAUAUUGGAUUGACUGGAGUUGAAAUUUAUGGUAUUGAUUUAUUUAUCUAUUUAGGUAAGGAGGGAAAAAUAUAAGUUAAAAAUAUUAAAUCAGAUUACCAAAGUGAUGGAGAAAAAGGAAACAUAAUCAGUCUCAUAAAUGGGAUCAAUGUGACUACCAAUGAUAUGAAUAUGUACAUCCUUCCCUUUCAGCCAGGAAGGUGUAUCACUCUAACAUUUACAUUCGACAUCCCUCAAUUAAUCACCUCCAUUAGAAUUUGGAAUUACAAUAAAUCUUAUGAUGACACUUUUAGAGGUGCUAAGUUUAUCAGUUUAUAAAAUGAUUAAGGAAUUAUUUCCAAUUGCAUAGCUUUAAAGAGAGCUCCUGGUUGUGAUACCUAUGAUUAUGCCUAAACCAUAACCAUACCAUCCAAGGAGCAUGUCUUUGAAGAAACCACUCAAGUCUAAAAGUAAUUAAGAUGCGAAUAUGAAAUCAAUAAUCUAAUGGUUGGACAUGAACUCAAGAUUUAGUUGAUUACUACUUUUGGCGAUAUCCACUAUAUUGGAUUGAAUGGUUUAGAAAUUCUAGAUUACAAGGGAAGACAAGUUUAAGGCAAUAUAGGAGCAGAACCAUCGUCGGUUAGAAUACUUUAAUCAAUGAGAGGAGAUAAAAGAGUAGUCGAGAAUCUCUUAGAUGGAAUCAAUGAAACUCAAAAUGACACCCACAUGUGGUUAGCCCCAUUCACCAAUAGAUGUUUUGAUCAUUCUCAAGAUCCCCAAAUUAAUACUCUCUAUUUCGGUUCAGAACAACCUUUUGCUUUAGGCUGCAUCAUCUUUUGGAAUUACACGAAAACUCCCACAAGAGGAGUGCACGAAAUAGCUAUUAGUCUUGACGAUUAUAUUAUCUAUAGAGUACAAUUUUUUAUCUAAAUCUAAGGGAUAUCUCAGAUAAGCAGGCAAUGAUGGAAACCAAACUGUUGUUCUGUUUUACAGAGACAUGUAGUUGAUGGAAAGAUUCAGUGGAAAAUACUACACUGAAUUUGGUCAAAAAUAAUCUGCUGGUUACAAAAAUGAGGAGAAAGUAUCAUCGUUUUUUUUAUGUUAUCUAGGGUACUAGGCAAGUAUAAACUUAUGCUCUUUUGGAAAGGCCAAUAACUAGAGUCAAAGGAAGUAAUUGAUUUUAAUAUAUUUUAUACAAAAUUUAUUAUAAUCAGUUAUGAAUUAGAGGCAGUGUCAAUUUUGUUUAAAUACUAAUGGAACUUCAAAUGUCAAACAUGUUUAUCCAUAAUUAAUCAAUAGUGUAUCAAUAAUUAAACAAUGAACAGGCAUUGUACACUAAAUAUUCAUCAAAAAAGUCCAAAAAAUUUGAAGACUUUUUUGCUAAAACACCAGCCAAGUGGGUAAUUGAUUUUAAAGAUCAUUUGCAUUUACAAGAUGACGAUGAAUAUUUGAAAAGGUAUAGCUCCAUUUUCAUUGACUUAAGAUUCUAUCCAAGAGAUCAACAACACCAAAAAUUAAAAUCCUUGCUUGAUUAUUAUAGAUAUCAUUAUAACCUGCCUCGAAUCUUCUAUGGAGUCUUAGCCGAAAUAGCCAUCUCAUUCUUUGAGAAGAAAAAGUAUAUAAAAAUUGUUCAUAAUUAUUCAAUAGAAGAUUCGAAUAUAGAAGAAUUAAGAAAAUGCUUGGAAUCCCCUAUGAUGAAUCUAGUUAAAGUACAUGUACUAAAAUAUUCGCAUAAAACAUUAGAAUAUGAAAAGAUGAAUUAGGACAUAUAAGUUUUAAAUAGUAUAACAAAGUUUACUGAGCAAUCCACUAAGUCUAUUUUAAAUGAGUUUUUCAAAAUUUAAACCAAUGAUGGUUAGAUUGUAAGUAUUACGUAGAUUAUUUUCAAUAGAAUAUUGAUGAAACAUGGUUGACAAUGUAGUAAUAUGAGUUAAGGGUUCCCUAAUUAAAUAAGAAUUAUGCUCCUUAAAAUCUCAAAUUACUUAAAAAACUUGUUUAAAAUCAUUCAAGAGAAAAGAUUAAGUUAAAUCUACCCUUUCACCUUUUAAAAGGGAAAACUGUAUCAAAUAUUCGAAAUUCUUAAAAUUAAUCUCCUGAAAGAAUUAACCCAACUCAAAAGUCCUCCUCUCAAUAACACAUUAACAGUAGUCAAGAAGAUUGUGAAUUUAAAUCAAUAAUGAAAUCAAAAGUCUUAACCUUAUCUCAAUAAAAUAAAAUAAAAAUUCAAAAUAUAUUCAAAAAUAAAAAUGAAAUAGAUUAAAACUACUAUAUCAAUACUCAAGGAAAACGAAGCAACACUCAUUUUAUUACCAGUACUAGAAGUAUUUCAUCUGAACAAUUAAAUACUGAAUAGAUACGUCUAAGUUAAAUUAACUUAAAUGGGUAAGAUCGAUAAAGUUAAGAUAAAUUAAUUAAUUAUGUAAAACACAUCCCAAUACAUCCAUCAAGUCAAUUCAUAUUUCAAAAUGAAGGUUCUCCCUCAAAAAAAAAUUAAUAGCUUAUUCAAGUUUAUUCAAAUAACAUAAGCAGUAAAGUAAAAACAUAACCAAAAAAAUCUCCUUAGAAAUAAAGAAAUUUUCAUCAUACUAAUUCAUAAUCAACUAAAUCUGAUAUUACUAAAGCUCUGUUAUAAAAUUUUGAGAAGAUUUAUCCUUGUCAUUAAUAAAAAAUCAAAAUGGAUGACCCAUACCACAAUAAUAAUAAGAGAAAAUAAUAUUAAAAUAAUUCUGAAAUGUAUAGGCUAUAAACAGAAAAUAAAUAAUUAAUAGCUACUGUUAAAAAUAGAGUUAAAUCAAUUCUUAAAAAAAAAUGA